CUCUUUCCCUUUUUCGUCGCUGAACUCACAUUGCAAGGAUGACUUUGGCCGUCGAUCUCCUCAACCCCUCCGCGGCUAGCGAAGCCCGCAGGCACAAGCUCAAGCGUCUCGUACAGAGCCCCAACUCUUACUUCAUGGACGUCAAGUGCCCUGGAUGCUUCAACAUCACCACAGUCUUCAGCCACGCUCAGACUGUCGUUCUCUGCGGAAGCUGCGCAACGGUGCUUUGCCAACCUACCGGUGGUAAGGCCCGUCUUACCGAGGGCUGCUCUUUCCGUAAGAAGUCCGGUUAAAGCAUCCGUAAUAUAGCAACAAAUCUCAGCACAGACCCCUCCGCAUUUGUUACAUAUAUUAUUGAUCUUUUUCUCGCAUCAUCAAACCCCGACGGGCUAGCCUGCUGUUGUUGCUUGACGAACUUGGAGGACGGGAAAGGGAUGCUGUACCUGCGAUGCGAUGCGAUGCGAGCUGGAGCACGCAUACGUUGUUUGGAUCGUUGAAAUAAAGAAAGGUCUCAAAUACAGUUGUGCUGGUGCAUGUGCUCCUUCU